AUGCCCCCGAGUUUCGAUGAGCAGCAAUACUGGCACGAGCGAUUCAAGACCGAGACCUCCUUUGAAUGGCUAAUCUCAUCCGAAGCCUUUUUAUCCAUCCUGGAACCUCAUCUCGAGAGGCUGCACAAAUCAUCCAGAAUCUUGCAGGUUGGCUUCGGCACAAGUGAUUUGCAAAACCACCUCCGCGCUCGCGGGUUCAACGAUAUCCUCAACAUUGACUACGAGCCCCUAGCCAUUGAGCACGGACUCAAAGCGGAACAAGAAGCAUUCGGUGAUGUGCGCAUGAGAUACGCAGUAGCAGACGCCACCCAGCUCGAGUCCUUCCCGGAACAAUAUGACCUUGUGAUUGACAAGAGCACUGUCGAUGCGAUCUCGUGUGGUGGCCAGGAGGCUUUCUCGCGCAUGUUCCAUGGCGUGAAGAAUUGCCUGGCCCGAGGGGGUUUCUGGCUAUCGCUCAGUUACUCCUCGUCAAGAUUUGCUGUUGAUGACUUGCCCUUUGAUGUCGAGGUAAUUGAGAGAAUUCCUACAUCCAAGGCCAAGACCACGGACCCAGACAUCUUCUACUACUGCUACCUCCUUCGACCGAAACAUGGAAGACCAUGA